CACUCUCGACGGGACCCAAUUUUUAAAGCGUACAAUCUUUUUUUUUCUCUAACGUUUUCAGACAAGACUCUCCAACCUCCGAAAUGCAGACGAGCCGGUUACUCUCUUACUCCCCCAACUCUCCUAGUUUCGACAGCUUUUCCUCCGCCGUAGACCUCGCCGCAAUCGCCGCCGGAGUCGUCCAGGAACUCAGAGACCAGGAGCAACAAUUCGACUUCCACCGCGACGACGACAAUGACUUCGAGUUCGCCUUCGACUGUCCAAGCCGCAGGUGUUCCCACCCCAUAGCCACCGCCGACGAGAUUUUCUACAACGGUAAGAUCCGUCCGUCGAAUCCGUACGGUGGUGGAACUGGAAAUGCUCCGGUGUCUCCGCCUACGAGUACUCUUCCACGACGCCAUAGACCGGCGCUUAGAAAGUUAAUGAGCGAGGAGCGAGACAGAACGUCGGAUUCUUCCUCGGAGGCGGAGGAGGAUCUCACCGGCGUUUCGCCGGAGAGUUACUGCGUGUGGACACCAAAAGGCGGUGACGACGAUCUCCAAGAACUCUCGUUACAGAGCAAGAUCAAAAGCAAUAAACGAUGGAAGAUGCGGAAUCUUCUUUACGUGAGAAGCAGCAGCGAAGGGAACGGUGAAACCAACUCUGAUCACAGAGAAGAAGAAGAAGAAGAACCGUCGUCCUCGGUGGUCGGAGAGAAAAGCGAAGAGACGAAACGACAGACGUUUGGGCCGUUUAAUAAGGAUAUGAUGGGAAUAUUGAAAAAUUUUAAUGGGCUUAGUCGUCAUUUACGGCCUUUUUAAAAGGUGACGUGGCUCUUUCGUGAAAGAGACAACCACAUCGAAGACGCGGACUUUUAAGUGGCCUUCGGUUUCUUUUUGACUUUUUAUUUUCUCUCUCAAACUUUUUCUUUUGGUUUCUGAGAAAAUCUCGAGUGUUAAUUAGGCGAGAAAGGGCAUGUUUUGAAUUUUUUUAUAGUAUGAACCUCGAUGUGUCGGUUUGGAUUAGGUAAAGUUUUGGUGGUUUGAUGGUUGUGAACUUGUAAUGGAGACUAUGGUUUUAUACAUUUUAUUCCAACACAUAUAUAAAUAACUAAGUUCAAAGUCGAUUUUUAGAAA